AUGUACAUUCCUCGGAAACGUGAAAAUACGGAACGAAAAAACAUCAUAUUCAUCAUUUCUGCCGUGUCUAUCAUCUUCGCUGUCACACUCUUGGUGGGCAGUUAUUUCCUCGCUCGCUAUCUUCGACAACAUUACCCGGAACCCAAACACCUGCCGGGCACAUUCCUCAAGGCGAAAUGGAAGAAAUGGCGCCCGGGCAAUGCCGCCUACGGCCAGGUCAGCCAGAGAAAUAGGACGGCCGACACAUCUUAUCGCGGCGCAGGAGAGACGCCGGAGAUGCAAACAAAUGAGGCCCCUCGCCGGGAAACCUCCAUCCGCUCGAUUAUGACCCUGCCACCCUAUUCGUCGAGCCCGAAGCCGACCGAACAAAUCAUCGCCCGGGAGGGCGAGCGUGGUGGAAUGGAUAUGGUUGUGGAAUAUCCGGAGACCGCGGAAGAGCAAGAGAAUAGGCGAGAAGAACACAUGGACUCCCUAUACCAGCUUCGCCUACAGCGUCGACAAGAGCUGGCCGACCGCGAGGCUCGCCGCCGAGAACGACGAGAAGCGCGGGAUCGCGGCGACUAUACACGCCUUGAGCAGCUGAAUGCUGAAACCCGUGAACGGGCCUCACGUCGUCGUGCAGGGACUAAUAGCGCAACGGAUAUCACGACUGCCUUGACUGAUCGUCAAGCGCGAGAGCGGGACCGACGAAUUUCAAGUGUCAGCUAUGCUGAGCUCGGACGGGUCCGCCAUGACGGCUCGCGACUGCGUGCCGACUCGCAUAAUUCGGAAAAUCCCGACUCUGAUAGUCGCCCUCUCCUGCUGAACGACAGCAGCUCAUCCGCGCCAUCCUUUGAACCUUCGAGCUUCAACUCUCGAGUCCAGUCCGUUGCUUCGUCGAUCAUGAGCGAAUCGACCGGCACAGAGAUGGAUCCGCUAGCGCCGACUUCGACGCGUGGUUCCAGUCGGCCUGUUUCACACAACGAGGAAGGGGACCUGGGGGCUCUGAAUAUUCCACCGCCCCCGGAAUACGAUCACUUGGACUGGGGCGAUGCGCCGGCAUACCAAAGUCCACUCGCAGAGCAAUUUGGUCAGCAGCUACCUGCUAUCAACCGCUUGCCGUCGAUUCACGUGAACUUACCAAGUCCUCUGCCCGUCUCCCCUACCACGCCGACCCAGAAUCAAUUCCCUGCCAUCGAUGAGGGCCACCCAACCCCAAGAGGCAACCGGGUUGCCUCAGGGGGUUCAGCAACCACCAUCACUCCCAACAAUACUUAA